CAUACUUGUUAUGUAGCACAUAGGGGACCCGGUUCAUUCGCUAAAGGUAAUAUUUGUAUGUAAUUGCAAGCACUAAUCUGGCCACAGCGACGUUCUCACGUGUUCAGGAAUUUGGUACCUAAUAGAGCAACAAUGCUUAAAUCAACCAUAAAUUGUGUUAAUGCGCACAGAAGAUGCUUAUCAUACUUCUCAAAUGCAUUCAACAACUUGGCAAACCAAGGUGUACAAAGUGCCACAAGCCAAAGAGUCGAUAAUUUCGAUUUGGAUGUUUUUGUUAACCAAGAUCAUAAGCAAAUGGACUUAGUGGAUAAACUUGAGAAGCUGAGAAAACAAAAACAUUCUACAACUGUGCCGCUUCUACCGAGUAUAUUGGUUAAGCAACUACUGGACUUGUCUGGCCCAAAAGAUGCAGUUAAUGUUCUACGAAACCCACUGCAAUACGGCGUAUUUAUUGAUCAGUUUACUGGAUGUCAUUUAAUAGAUCUGCUGCUUCAUAAUGGCAACGUUAAUGAAGCUGCGCAAGUUUCAACUUUACUUGUGGAGCGCGACUUAUGCAACAAUGAGUUGAUUUCUGCCCUCGCACUUAAAUCGUUUUAUGCAUUUCUGAAAACUUACAAACCAAAUCCAGCACCAGCAAAGGUUGAGCAGCCGGAAGUGCAAAAAGUUCGUGUUAAAUUUCUGCGCAACAUCCCUGAAACGGUUGAGAAAUCGGAAGAGAAAGUUCUCGGUGAAACUCUAAUCAAAUUAGGCUUAAGUCCGAGCGUGGAGAAGGAUUUAAGCAAAAAUAUAACACUGCUUGGCUUAAUAAUGUCUGAUAGCUACGCUGAGGCAGAAGAGUUCAUAGCUCAAAACGAACAAAGUCUAUAUAAGGACGUUGUGCAGCUGGGCCUGAAACUAAUUGAGAGUUUAGAAGGAAAAAGCAAUCCGGAAUUCAAAAAUCUGCUAGAUAAAGCCAUAGCGAAGUGUGCAAAGGCGGAGUCAUUCGAGGAGAUCUUGGAUAAACGCGUUAAGCUAAAUGCCACAAACUUUGAGCCACAAUUGAUAUCGGAGUACAACAAAAGCUUUCAGGCGUGGCAAACGAACUUCCAACGCGCCGUUGACGAUCAACUGAAAGUUAUCGAGACGAAUUCCCGCAUUGAGAAUAUUGAGAGUACGUUGAAGGCAAUGGAAACGAGGCGACAAAAUCUUUGGUUCUUUGAAAACAAAGAAGAUAUCGACAUACAAAUCUUCAAGAAAAAAGUAUUCUAUCCCAAGCGUUGGUUCGGCAAGAAGAAGAAGCCCAAGGCGGUCGACGCGUUCUAUGUGCCGCCAACCAUAACACGAGGACAUUGAUUUAAUUGGAUGUGUUAAAAAAGCGAAAAAGGAGAGUCCAGUUUUUUCGAUUUAAUUAAAGUACUGGAA